CUGAAAAAAAAAACAUUAGCCAUGAAUUUCUCCGACGAAGUGAGCCCACUCCUGGCCUCCACCCAGGUCUCGGAGAAGAUGCAGCGCUGGUCGGAAGCCGUCGCGAAGGGCGAGAAACCUGCUGGCGACGUCUACGGAAAACCCACGGAGACACAGAUAAGAGAGCUGGAGAAAGUGAGGAGUUUGAGUAGAGAGCUGCAGGAUAACUUACAUGAACUAGAAAACUCCGUGCGCAUAGCUGACGUCGAAAAUUCCGCCAUGAACCCAACCGCCCCCAUCCUCGACUACUCCGAGGACCACGAGUUCGUCUCCGCCAACCAGCUGGACAACUACUACGCCGAGGAGGACCGAGUAGACGCCAAGGAGGAGGAGAGGAGGCGGCUGACCAAGGGUAUAGCGCCUAAGACGGAGAUGCAGAAGUUUUAUAAGGGGCAGAGUGUGUUUUUGACGGGAGGCAGCGGGUUUUUGGGGAAAGUUACAAUUGAAAAGCUCCUGCGCUCGUGCCCAGACAUAGAUAGCAUCUACGUGCUGAUCCGGAGCAAGAAAGGAAAAGACCCAAAAACUAGACUCAGUGAAAUGCUGGACGAUUUUCUGUUCCAGCGAGCCCUCGAAGAGAACCCCAAAGGCAUUUUCAAGGUCAUUCCCAUCGUCGGUGACAUGGAGCUGCCGGGGCUCGGCAUGAGCGAAGAAAACAGGAAGACUAUUAUCAGCAAGGUGUCGAUAAUAAUCAACGCCGCAGCCACUGUCAAGUUCGACGAGAAAUUGUCAAUAGCAACCAACAUCAACGUACGAGGCGCGAAAGAAGUCAUCGCACUGGCUAAGGAGUGUAAGAACUUGAAGGCAAUGACACACAUUUCGACUGCAUUCUCACAUACACAUGUCAAACGUUUGGAGGAGAGAUUCUACGAGCCCCCCAUGGCCGUGGAAGCGCUAGAAGCAAUCUCGCAGAUUGAUGAAAACCUACUCGAAGAUAUCACACCCAAACUUCUCGGCAAGUACCCCAAUACCUACUGCUUCACAAAAGCCGUCGCGGAAGAGGCCGUGCGUAAAUACGGAGAAGGCAUGCCUAUCUGUAUCGUCAGGCCGUCGAUAGUGGUAUCAACGUAUGAAGAACCUGUGCGCGGCUGGACUGACAGCGUCUAUGGACCCUCUGGUCUCAUGGUUGGAAUCGGUUGUGGGGUUCUCCGCACAAUGUACAUGGACACAGAUAAGCAGGUGGACCUGGUGCCAGUAGACUACGUAGUUAACUCCCUGCUAGCCGCCACCUGGCACACCGCCAAGAACUUUAGAGAGAACCAAACGUCAGACAUCCCAAUCUACAACUUCGUGUCGGGCGCGCAGAACCCACUGAAAUGGAGCGCGUUCAUCGACAUGAACCAGAAGUACGGGAUCGAGAAACCCACCACUAAGGCCGUUUGGUACUACGGGCUGACGCCAACAAGCAACUACCUAGUAUUCCUAGGCCUCAACUUUUUCUUACAUCUCUUGCCCGCUCUUAUCGUGGAUGGGUACUGCGCGCUAGUCGGGCGAAAACGAGUAAUGCUAAAAUUCUACAACAAAGUGAUGAAACUGGCCAGAAUCCUGUUCUACUUCACCACGCAAGAGUGGCACUUCUCAGACCGCGGCGUGCGGGCCAUAUGGGGCAGUUUGGACCCCUCAGACCGAGUGGUGUUCCCUUUCAACAUGUCCGAAAUGUCUUGGGAUUACCACGCUGAGACAUUUAUUGUCGGUCUUCGCGUAUACCUGGUCAAAGACGACCUCUCCACUCUGCCAGAAGCCAAGAAAAAGUGGGACAGAUUGUACUACCUCCACCAGUUCGUGAAGCUGGUGUUCUUCGGUCUGCUGCUGAACCUCGCCUAUCUCGCGCUACGGUCCGUCUCAAGAGUCGUGCUAGGGUAAAUAGAUAUUUGAGGUUAGGAAACUUGAG